AGGAAGUUUUAUAAUUGAAGAUUUUACCUUUAGCUUGUAAUUAUUUGUAUCGGUACAAGUUGAGUCACCGACCACGAGAUGGCGUCCUCCAACGAAGAUUUCGAUUAUACAAGGACUCUAGAAAAAGUGAACGGAAAGAUCCUUACCUUUGAAAUAUUAAACGUUAGCAAAUAUUUUAUUCCUUAUUAAUUUAUGAUUAAAAAAAGUAAAAUAAUCGGAGGCGACGAUUGACAAAGAUAUCAUUUAUUAAAACUGUACAGAUAAGUUUCGGUUUAUUCCAGUAGACGGCGUAAUGUCGUCGUUUUGUAUUUCCGUUUCGGAAGUAGAAUGUCGAAGAUCGAGAAAGUUAACGAACUGCGGAGAAAGAUUGGAGAUUUGGCGUCGUUUUUAAACGAAACUUCUCCCCUUUCUAACGCUCACACGGUCGAUUUUAUAACAAAGGAAAGAUGGAAAUUACUCGAUCCCGAUCUUGGAAAAGAUCUUCUCGACUUACCGAGGGAUCAAUUGAACGCGAUUUUAGGCAACGAUUUCGUCACGUCAGAUAGACGGAAAAAAUAUCCACAUUUAUGUCAGUUCCUAAUCCGAACGAGAAACUUCUGUUCCGAACGAUUGGGAAUCUGCACUGAUAUAAACCGGAUCUUGCCGAAAUUUGGCACGUGGCAGGAUUCUUUCGAAAGUAACGCAAAAAAUGCCAACUGGUGUGUACCCGAGAAGAAGAGGCAUGAAGUGCGAAACAUGGCCGCUCUCAUAUCCGCUCUGAAUGACAUAUUUCCGGUCGAUCUGGUAGUGGACGCUGGAAGUGGCAAGGGAUAUCUAUCCUCCUAUGUGGCCCGUUUUCUGGGUCUGGACGCUUUGGGUAUCGAAGCGUGCGAAAAGAAGUGUUGUAGCGCCCUCCUUCGUCAUGCGAAGAUGCUAGAACGGACGGAAGAGACCCAGUCGAAUAAAAAGUGGAAGGAGUUCGUGUCAACAACCGAAAAUAUUGACCGGACCAGCGAUCUGGAAAAGAUCAUCCAACGGACAAUAAUUAAUAAAGACUGUUGUAAAAUCUCCGAGGAGACUGGAGAAGGUAAAGAUGUGACAUUUACUUUGGCUCUGUCCGAGAGACUGGAAGAGGAGAAAAGAAAAAGUGUUUUGCUAUGUGGACUUCAUACUUGCGGGAAUCUAUCCGGCGCGUCGAUUCGUCAGUUCGUUACCUGUGGGUCGGUUAAAAUUCUGUGUCAAGUAGGUUGCUGUUACAAUUUGCUCACAGAAGAGUUCUGCCAGGAGGAAAGAGCGGAAGGAAUAAAUUCAGAAACGGGAUUUCCCUUAUCUUCCUUUCUUAGAGAAGCGAAAUUUUCUUUGGGAAGAAAUGCUCGGCUCUUAGCCUCUCAAUGCCGAGAACGAACCCUUAAAAAUAUGGAUUUUCAUCAACCUCUCUUCUAUCGUGCUCUCCUACAAGUGGCACUAACCGACUAUUUAGGUACAACUUGUCAGAAUGUGGAAAUUCGAGUAGGAAGAAUGGCCAAAAGCUGUCCGUCUUUUAAAGUCUAUGUUUACAAAGCCUUAGGAAAACUAAACCUCCGAGAAAUAAAUAUCGAUGAUGAUGAUGUAGAAAAUUAUUUACGGGUUUAUUCGGACGAAGAGAAGAAAUUGAAAGCCUUUCAACUUUUAAGAAUAAUUUUGGCUUCUUGCAUAGAAACGUUAAUCUUAUUAGACCGGUUACUUUAUUUAUGGGAACAGGAUUGCGUGGAAGAAGCAUACUUGACGCGUCUGUUUGAUUCCUUGAUUUCCCCCCGAUGCUACGCCUUGAUUGCCAUCAAGAAGAAAUCAGAAUGAAGGGUCAUUUCUUCGGAAAUUACAAUUUUAUUAGUAAUAAAACUCACCGAGUUUCUCCAGGGAGUUUCGACAUCAGACAGAAUGAUCACCACUUCUUCGUACCGCCUUCCGACGCUCCUUUUCGUCUCUAUUUCUUCCGAAAACUGAAGGCAAAAGAAACUCAG